UGGCCCUCGCGUAGUCCGGGCCUUCUUUUUCAGUGACGUAAGCACGCGGGUUCCUCUAACGCGCCACCAGCGCGGGGUCAGCGGCAGCACCCUUGGCUUUGGGGGUGGGAUGAAUCAACUCUCUUGAAAGUGUAGGGACUUCUUGGAGACAGCUUUGUUAACGUGCGCAGGGACGUAAACGACCUUGGGAUAUUUUGUGAGCUUGGGGUUUUAUGUUCUAGGGCGCGAGCUCCCACACCCUCACCCCCACCGAGCUCGGCAAAUGGUCCGCGCUGGGAGAGCGCGGGAGUCUUGAAGCGCCUAGAAGGCCCCAGUCAGUAGGGACCUGACGGGAUCCGGUUGUUGUCAGCGCUGCCGUAUGGAGGCCGAAUGGGCUGAGGUACGCGCCCUGGAAGCAGAAAUAGCAAUCCUGAGGCGGGCAUGCGAGGAGCCGACGGCGUCCUGGAAAGAGACCUCCAACGCCAAAAAAUCAUUUAAAAAUAUAUACCAAUCAGAGUCUGAAGGAUUGGAGUUUUCAAAAGAUCUGAGAAGACAGCUUGGACAUUUAGAAUCAGAACUUUCACUUCUAAGUACACUUAUGGGCAUCAACAUAAGAAAGCACUCCAAGAAAACGGAGGACUUGUCAAGCACUGAGAUGACAGAAAAAAAUAUAAAGAAAGUUCUACAGAGACACAGAUUAUCAGGAAGUUGCCACAUGGUUACAUUUCAACUUGAAUUUCAGAUUCUGGAAAUUCAGAAUGAGAAGAAUUUAUCUUCUGUUAUUACUGACCUGAAUAUAAUAAUGGAACCCACAGAGUAUUCAGAAUUAAGUGAAUUUGUAUCUAGAGCAGAAGAAAGAAGAGAUCUUUUCAUGUUUUUCAGAAGCCUGCACUUUUUUGUGGAGUGGUGUGAAUAUCGUAAGCGCACAUUUAAACAUUUCAAGGAAAAAUAUCCAGAUGUUGUACAGCUCCCCGAAGGUGCCGCCUCCAGCUGCAUGGGGAUCCAGAGCGCCAGCCAGCCUGGAUUUGAAUUAGUAAUUGUUUGGAGAAUACAAAUAGAUGAUGAAGGGAAGGUUUUGCCAAAGCUGGAUCUUUUAACCAAAAUCCCACAGCAAGCCCUGGAGCUGGACAAGAAGAAAGUUAUAGAAAGUGCUCCUCUCAGCUUCCGCACCCUCCUGGGAGUGCUUGGAAUUGAAGCCGCUCUAGAAAGCCUGAUAAAAUUAUUUUUCAACACAAAAGAAUGACUAGUUCACAAAAACUGAACACUUAUGAAAUAAGAUUCUGCACUCGGCAGUUUAUAAUUUUAUUGAAUAUAAACAUUUGCUAUUUUUCAUUUAGAAAUCAUACCCUUAAAACAUGCUAUCUAUGUAUAUGGCACAUAUAUAAACUGUCAUGACAUGAAAAAUAAAUACAGCUAUUUAAAUACAAAAUGCCAAAUACAAGUGACAUGUAUAGUGUAUUUUUUUAAAUAAGCUUGACAUUCGAGUCAGUGUACCAAGAGUGAUUGUACAUCCUUACAGACGCCUGGAGAGAGGUUUUGUGAGCC